UGCGCGCGGGUCCCACGGCACCGAGCAGAGCUGGGAGCUUGCAAAGGGCUCGCGGUUCUGGUCUCGAGAAGUCGAAGGUGUUGGGGAGCCCUCCGUGUCCCUUCUGUUUCAUUUACACAUCCCAACCCUAGGCGUUAGACGUCCCGCCAACAGCCUGUGAGCCCGAGCCGGGAAGGUGAAGGUGGACGUCGCUCGCCGCCCGGCUACCACAGAAGAGCCAAAGCUUUCUCAACCACCGGAGAGCACGAAGAAGAAGAAUAUUUGCUGAUGAGUUCUAGAAGGAGUCUACCUAUGAUUUUCUUCUUUACCAUGAAGAGACUUGGAAAUUAAUAGAUAACGUUUUGUGUGAAAAUUUCUGAACAUUUUUGACUUCGUAUCUCAGAGGCCUUCUUGGAGAAUUAAUACAAGGUUGAAUGUGUGCAUGGAUAAAAUGGAUCAUCUUAAAGGAUUGAAGUUCCAAAAAUAUGUCAGCAGCGCUGAACAGGUUUGACAUAAUGAGAUUUCUAUUUUAGCUUGACUUCUAGAGCUCUGAAUAAAGUAUAAACUGAGCUACACAAGGUCUAGGAAGGAAGUUUAUCUUCUAGUUGGGUAUAACAUUUUUCUUCAAAUCUUUUGCAAAUUUCCUGAAAAAUAAGACUAGUAGACACUUACUAACUUUUAAUACAUGAGGUGGAAUAGAAGGUAGCAAUCUGUAUCAUACUGUAAAACAAAUUAAAAAAUAAACGGAAAUAAGAGGAAAAGUCUCUACAUAAGCACUGUUUGAAAUGGCAGAAGCUUCAGGGGAUGCCCCAGCUCUUCCUGUAACAGUGAAAAAAAAGAAAAGCCUCUCCAUUGAGGAAAAGAUUGACAUUAUAAAUGCAGUGGAAAGUGGCAAGAAAAAAGCAGAGAUUGCAGCCGAAUAUGGUAUUAAAAAAAAUUCCUUAUCUUCUAUUAUGAAGAAUAAAAACAAAGUUCUGGAAGCCUUUGAAUCUCUAAGAUUUGAUCCAAAGAGAAAAAGACUAAGAACUGCUUUUUACACAGAUCUGGAAGAGGCAUUAAUGAGGUGGUAUCGAAUUGCUCAGUGUCUAAAUGUACCAGUUAAUGGCCCCAUGUUGCGUCUAAAAGCUAAUGAUUUUGCCCAGAAACUGGGUCAUAAUGAUUUUAAGUGCAGUAAUGGUUGGCUGGAUCGUUUUAAAUCCAGGUAUGGUUUAGUAUUCAGAGCUCAACCUGUAGAAGCUACAGGUGUAUCAGUAGACCCUUCAACUGUCUGGUACCAAAAUGUACUUCCUUAUUAUUUAAAUGAUUAUCAUCCUACAAAUGUUUUUAAUAUAAAAGAGACUGGGCUGCUUUAUCGAAUGCUACCUACAAAUACAUUUGCAUUUAAAGGAGAAACAUGCUCAAUUGGAAAGUUAUGCAAAGACAGAAUAACUCUGGUGGUUGGCACAAACAUGGAUGGCUCAGAGAAGCUUCCUUUGCUUAUCAUUGGAAAAAACAGAAAUCCACAUUGUUUCAAAGGUAUAAAAUCAUUGCCUGUGUGUUAUGAAACUAACAAAAUGGCAUGGAUGACAUCAGAUAUAUUUGAACAAUGGAUGAGGAAGCUUGAUGAGAAAUUUCAAGCCCAGCAGCGAAGAGUGGUGAUUUUUGUUGAUUCUUUUCCUGCUCAUCCAGAGGUAAAGAACCUUAAGUCCAUUGAAUUAGCAUUCUUUCCAUCAUGUUUACCUUCUAAAUGUGUAGCUAUGAAACAGGGCGUUAUUAAAGACCUUAAAAUCAAAUAUCGACAUUGUCUAGUUAAGAAAUUUUUAAGCUCUGUUGAAGGCAGCAAAGAAUUUACAUUUUCACUACUAGAUGCAAUUGAUACAUUACAUCUUUGUUGGAGGGCUGUAACCUCAGAGACUAUUGUUAAAAGCUAUGAAGAGGCGGGAUUCAAAUCUCAAAAGGGAGAAAGCGACACAACAAAUGCAGAGAAAGAUCCUAGUAUUGAUUGGGUAGCCGAUGCCCUGGGAGCAGGGGUGGAAUUUCCUGCAGGUUUAUCUAUUGAGGAGUAUGCUGCCUUGGAUGAUGAUUUGGAGACAUGUGAAGCAGCACCAAAGGAUGAUACGGACUUGACCAAAGAAAGUAAAUCAGAUGAAACUGGGUUUUAUACUUCUGAUGAAGAAGAUGAUGGUGGAUCAAUAGACACUGAACUCCCAUUACCAUCAAAAAAUGAGGCAAUAACUGCUUUAGAUACUCUUAAAAAAUUUCUUAGAAGUCAAGAUAUGAAUGAUGGACUUCAUGAUUCUUUAGCAGACAUUGAAAAUUUUAUUAAUCCUUUGUCACCUAAGUAAUUAUUUAUUGUACAACAUCUGACGAUUAAUAGUUUUUCCUGAUAUGUUUUACUAUAUAAGGUAUUGAAAGAAAUAUACCUCUUAAACCUAAAAAAUGAAAAACU